AUGGUGGCUCUUCCCCCAGUUGGGCUGUGGGGCGGGAGGCUGGAGGCCGAGGGAGCCCUGCGUCCGGGCGAGGACAGCCGCGUCCAGCAGAGGCGCGUGGCCAUGACCAUGCGGGUCUGUGCUGCAGCCACGCAGGGUGGGUUUGAAAGAAAAGACCAGGCUGAUGGGAAGGCCAAGUCCUGCGUUUGCCAUGUCUGUGGUGUCCACCUGAAUAGGCUGCACUCUUGCCUCUACUGUGUCUUCUUUGGCUGUUUCACAAAGAAACAUAUUCACGAACAUGCGAAGUCGAAACGGCACAACCUGGCCAUAGAUCUGACAUAUGGAGGUAUAUACUGCUUCUUGUGUCAGGACUACGUAUAUGACAAAGACAUGGAAAUAAUCGCCAAAGAAGAACAGCGGAAAGCCUGGAAGAUGCAAGGUGUUGGAGAGAAGUUUUCAACUUGGGAACCAACCAAACGGGAGCUUGAACUGCUGAAACACAACCCAAAAAGGAGAAAGAUCACCUCUAACUGCACCAUAGGUCUGCGAGGGCUGAUCAACCUCGGGAACACGUGCUUCAUGAACUGCAUCGUCCAGGCCCUGACCCACACGCCACUUCUGCGGGACUUCUUCCUGUCCGACAGGCACCGCUGUGAGAUGCAGAGUCCCAGCUCCUGUCUGGUCUGUGAGAUGUCCUCGCUGUUUCAGGAGUUCUACUCGGGGCACCGGUCCCCGCACAUCCCGUACAAGCUGUUGCACCUGGUGUGGACUCACGCGCGGCACCUGGCGGGGUAUGAGCAGCAGGACGCCCACGAGUUCCUCAUCGCGGCCCUGGACGUGCUCCACCGGCACUGCAAAGGUGACGAUAACGGGAAGAAGGCCAACAACCCCAACCACUGCAACUGCAUCAUAGACCAGAUCUUCACGGGUGGGCUGCAGUCGGACGUCACCUGCCAGGUCUGCCAUGGCGUCUCCACCACAAUAGACCCCUUCUGGGACAUCAGUUUAGAUCUGCCUGGCUCUUCCACCCCAUUCUGGCCGCUGAGCCCCGGGAGCGAGGGCAGCGUGGUGAAUGGGGAGAGCCAUAUAUCAGGAACCACUACGCUCACGGACUGCCUGCGAAGAUUUACCAGACCAGAGCACUUGGGAAGCAGCGCCAAGAUCAAGUGUAGCGGUUGCCACAGCUACCAGGAGUCCACGAAGCAGCUCACCAUGAAGAAGCUGCCCAUCGUAGCCUGUUUUCAUCUCAAACGAUUUGAACACUCGGCCAAGCUGAGGCGGAAGAUCACCACCUACGUGUCCUUCCCCCUGGAGCUGGACAUGACCCCCUUCAUGGCCUCCAGCAAAGAGAGCAGGAUGAACGGACAGUACCAGCAGCCCACGGACAGUCUCAGUAACGAUAACAAGUAUUCCUUGUUUGCAGUCGUUAACCAUCAAGGGACCUUGGAGAGUGGCCACUACACCAGCUUCAUCCGGCAGCACAAAGAUCAGUGGUUCAAAUGUGACGAUGCCAUCAUCACCAAGGCCAGCAUCAAGGACGUGCUGGACAGUGAAGGGUACUUACUGUUCUACCACAAGCAGUUCCUGGAGUAUGAGUAACCGUGUCUGCAGCUGGUCAGAAAAAA